AUGGAAGCCGAAGGAAUCUCGCCCACGUCGAAGGCCAGCUCCAUGACGCAACCGUCGGUGCAAGCGAUGCUCGCAGGCUCCUUCAGCAGUCAAAGUGCGUCGAACGGCUCGGAAAAGCGCGAGCAGGCCGAGGGUGAGAAGGGUGGGCUCAGCUCUGCGUUCCAGGAUGAAAGAACGCCCUCCGCGUCGCCUUCCAAGAACCGGUCGCUCUCGGACUCGCAGGCCCCCAAGCUCUCGCCGUCACCCAAGAUCGUGUCGAAGCGCGCCUCCAAGGACGAUGCAACAAUCACCACCCCGCGCACGCCGCGACGACCGGACUUUUUAGCUCGUGGCCUGUCGCUGCAGAUGCCCCCGCGCGAUCCGAAUCUUGGACUCCAGACUCCCACCCAGUUCAGCCGCGUUCCUCUGUCGCCUCAGCUCGACGCGCGAGACACCUACGGCACCCCCGCCACCGUCCUGCCCCGGCAUUCCCGGGGCCUUGACUUUGCGCGCGCAUGUACGAAUCUGCACCACUCGACCCUGGCGGAGCAGUCGUCUCCUGACUCCUCGCCGACAAUCACCCAGAAGGGCAUGAUGAUUCCCCAGCGGAGGGGCAAUCUUACGUCCUUCGCUCUCGACUCCCCACACAACGACCACACCCGCUGGCCUGGCAUGCACCACGAAAAGAAUAGCGUCGUCUCAAGUUCGCUUGGUAGCGUCAACAUGCUAGGCUCCGACUCUUCCGACAGCGACUCCGACGAGGACGACCCUAUGGAUCCCGACGACAACGAUGACCCCAUGGUCAUGACGCCCCAUGUGCUUAAGCUCGACAAGAAUGCGGGCAAUCCUUUUGGCGCGCCGCCGAAUGUGGCAAGCCCUGGCGGCGUCUGGUCUGGAGGCUUUUCGCCGAGUGGUCCGAACUUUCUACAAAUACAAAGAAACAGGUUGAAGAAGGUGCGAAGCAGGAAGAGUUCGAGCAGCGCAAGCGGCCACAGCUCGAUCGCAAGCCCCGGCCCCGGCUCUCCGCCCGCAGGAAAGCCGUUCGACGGAACCAACGGUGGGUACUUUGCUCGCGAGGCCGUCAUGAGAAAAGCGGGGUCCCGGCGCGAGAGCUUGAGCAUGGUCGCCAACGACCUGACCAUCUCCUCCGGCAACGACAGCGGCGACGAGGCCGGCAUGCCGGCACCCACCACUCCCGGCGUCGUACGCCGCACCGUUGUCCGGCGCGGAAACCUUUUGCCCAAAUCCAGGCAAUUUGGUCGCAUUCGCGCAGAGCUCUUCGAAGAGAGCGCCCCGGUCGACAGCGAGGUCAAGCGCGAAGCCGAGAUCAUCCGCCAGGUCCGUGAGAGCGAUGCCACGUCCACGACCGGUCGCGAAGGAUCCAUCACCGCAAACUCUUCACCCAGUCUUCUCCCGGCAGUGCCAGGCCUGAACGACCUCGAGGACAUACCAGAGGAUACCGGCAUGGACAUGGAAGAAAUGGCCGCCGCCGCAGCUGCAGCUAAUGGAAAAGGCCUCUUCGGAGCCUUCAACUUGCAGCCGUGGAAGAGCGCCGAGAGGCCAUCUUGGAGCAUCCAGGAUGGCAGACACACCCCGCCGCCUCCCUUCUUGGGCCGCGGCAGCUCCUCUGCUAUCAGCGAUGAUAUCAACAUGGAUUCUCCGGUCGCUUCCAUGGCGCAGUACCGCCACAGGAUGUCUACCUCGGACGUCAACAAGGACGAUUUCUUGUCGCGGGGAUCAACGCCACAACCCAUGGUCCCUCCUACUGCCGCCGAGGGCCUGAAGAAGAAGCGCCGCAGGGAUGACGACUUCGACGUUAAUUCCAUAAAGCGACGGGCCGUAUCUCCUGGACUGAGCGUUACCAACAGCCCGGUGUUGUCACAGUCGCCGCAGCAGAGGGAGGGAAUGUGGGCCCCGAGCAAGACGAGUAGAGAAAGUUCGAUCGUCGGAACUAGUACUAACAACGGCCAUGGCGAGAGGUCCAACAGUGGAGGAAGUACAAUGAGCGUCACCCCGAGCUUAGGACCGAAGAGGGUCGGGCUGCAGGGUAUGACGGACACGAACGAUGGACUCAUGAAGAUGAGUAUCGAGUAG